AUGCCACCACCCAACAAGAAGCAGAAGCUGAACGAAUCAGAAUCCAGCUACGAAUGGGUACAAGCUACUCCAGGUGACCUCAACAUUGCCACAGCUGUGCUCUAUGAAGCCGUUGAUGGACCACGAAGAGGGGUGAUCUAUGAUGCCUUUGAGCCCGUUGAUCACUACUGGGUGGAAGACGAGGAGACCUGCGAAGUGGUGCGCACGGAGGAGGGAGACUGCCACGACUUCCACUCGGCAGAUUUGAAGGUGGCCAAGGCGGUCGUGGAAUUCUCCACGGAGCUGGCCCAAGGAGCUACAGAGUUGCAAAGUGCCGGGGUUCUGCUGAUAGGGACUGAGCCACAGAUGUUGAAAAUUUUGAAGCAUUUCGGUGAGUCCAACACGGAGGAGCGAACCGUGCCUCAGCAGUUGCUGGCCAUUCCCUGUGUGGAUUGCGUGGACGGUUUGGCACAUCAUGCGGCCACUGGCGUGAAUUCAGGCCUCAGGGAACUGGCGAAACAACUGCGGGACGACAUCCAAGUAGGUCUGCGCGUGGCACAUUUGAAACACGUCACCAAAGAGUUGGGGGAGGACGUGGUGAAGCAGGAGGACUACUUUUGCCUCGCUUCGGUUCAUUUGCCCUUCGACUGGGAAGCCAUCGAAGAAGUGGACGGAGAAGAAUCACUGCGCAGGAAAGACCUCUGGAAUCAGAUUGACCUUUGCAUCACCGCCACUGGCGAGGGUCAGCCAGAGCACUCUGGACCAGUGGAGACGGCCCGUGUGGUCUUGGGUGAGCAUUGUGGCCUUGAAGUCAGUGAUGAACUUUGGCGAAGCGAGGUGCAGACGCGACUGCGUGGACAUCUGAAUCUGCAGAGCCUGCCGUUACGAUUGAAGGAUCAAAUGGGCGCCGAGGUCUUUCCUUUGCUGCUGCCCAGUGAUGCUGCA